AUGGCGGCGGCCGGUGACCGUAGCGUGCAGCCGGAGGCUGGUGGGCCUGACAGCUACCGCUCGCCGCUGGCCUCCCGCUACGCCAGCCCGGAGAUGUGCUUUGUGUUCAGCGACAGGUACAAAUUCCGGACGUGGCGGCAGCUCUGGCUGUGGCUGGCGGAGGCGGAGCAGACGUUGGGUUUGCCUAUCACAGACGAGCAAAUCCAGGAGAUGAAGUCGAACCUGGACAAUAUCGACUUCAAGAUGGCAGCUGAGGAAGAGAAGCGAUUGCGACACGAUGUGAUGGCUCACGUGCACACCUUCGGCCACUGCUGCCCCAAAGCCGCCGGCAUUAUCCACCUGGGUGCCACCUCCUGCUAUGUUGGAGACAAUACAGACCUGAUUAUUCUUAGAAACGCAUUUGACCUGCUUUUGCCAAAGCUUGCCAGAGUGAUCUCUCGCCUUGCUGAUUUCGCCAAGGAACAAGCUGAUCUUCCCACCUUAGGUUUCACACAUUUCCAGCCUGCUCAGCUGACCACAGUUGGGAAACGUUGCUGUCUUUGGAUUCAGGAUCUCUGCAUGGACCUUCAGAAUUUGAAGCGUGUCCAAGAUGACCUGCGCUUCCGAGGAGUGAAGGGCACCACCGGCACACAGGCCAGCUUCCUGCAGCUCUUUGAGGGAGACCACCAAAAGGUUGAGCAGCUCGACAAGAUGGUGACUGAAAAGGCAGGAUUCAAGAGGGCGUUCCUCAUCACAGGGCAGACAUAUACACGGAAAGUAGAUAUUGAGGUGCUGUCUGUGCUGGCUAGCUUGGGGGCAUCUGUGCACAAGAUCUGCACUGACAUACGCCUCCUGGCAAGCCUCAAGGAGCUGGAGGAACCCUUUGAAAAGCAGCAGAUCGGGUCCAGUGCGAUGGCGUACAAGCGGAACCCCAUGCGCUCAGAGCGCUGCUGCAGCCUGGCCCGCCACCUGAUGACUCUCAUUCUGGACCCACUGCAGACAGCGUCUGUGCAGUGGUUUGAACGCACGCUGGAUGAUAGUGCCAACCGACGCAUCUGUUUGGCUGAGGCAUUUCUUACGGCAGAUACUAUACUGAACACGCUGCAGAACGUCUCUGAAGGGUUGGUGGUGUACCCCAAAGUAAUUGAACGGCGCAUUCGACAGGAGUUGCCUUUCAUGGCCACAGAGAACAUCAUCAUGGCCAUGGUGAAGGCGGGAGGCAGCCGCCAGGAUUGCCAUGAGAAGGUCAGAGUGCUCUCCCAGCAAGCAGCUGCUGUGGUCAAGCAGGAAGGGGGCGACAAUGACCUCAUCGAGCGUAUCCGGGCCGAUGCCUACUUCAGUCCUGUCCACUCCCAGCUGGACCGUUUGUUGGAUCCUUCUUCCUUCACUGGAUGUGCAUCCCAGCAGGUGCAGAGAUUUUUAGAAGAGGAGGUGUUUCCCCUGCUGAAACCCUACGAAAGUGUGAUGAAGGUGAAAGCGGAGCUGUGUCUGUAGCUUCAGAAAGGAAAGAAAGGAAAAGUCAUUGUU